AUGUCAUUGUGGGUUGACAAAUAUCGUCCAAAGACAUUGAAGACAUUGUCUCAUACGGAACCGCUAACAGCGCUUCUCAACUCAUUAUCACAACAGCCAAAGGACUUACCUCAUCUUUUAUUCUAUGGACCUAAUGGUAGUGGUAAAAAGACUAGAUGUAUGACUCUCUUGGAGUCCAUUUUUGGUUCUGGUGUUUAUAGAUUAAAGAUUGAUAUAAGAGAAUUUGUAACCCCUUCUAAUCGUAAGUUGGAAUUGAAUGUGGUUAGUUCGCCCUACCAUUUGGAAAUAACGCCCAGUGACAUGGGAAAUAACGAUAGAAUUGUUAUCCAGGAAUUGUUAAAAGAGGUGGCACAAAUGGAACAAGUGGAUUUUCAAGAAUCCAAAGAUGGUUUAGCUCAUAGAUAUAAAUGUGUCGUUAUCAAUGAAGCUAAUUCUUUGACUAGAGACGCCCAGGCUGCUUUAAGACGUACCAUGGAGAAAUAUUCCAGAAACAUCAGAUUGAUUAUGUUGUGUGAUUCAAUGUCUUCUAUAAUUUCUCCUAUUAGGUCGCGUUGUUUAAUGGUUCGUGUACCAGCCCCUGUUAAUAAUGAAAUUGUUUCCAUAUUAGGCAAUGUCGUGGAAAUGGAGAAGAUUAACUUAGAAAAUGGCUCAAUAUUGAACCAAAUUGCAAGAGAAUGUAAUGGUAAUUUAAGAACGGCAUUGCUGAUGCUAGAAUCUAUGUCACUAAAUAAUGAAAUGCAAUUGAAGGUAGGAACUCCUAUAGUGAGACCAGACUGGCUUGUCGUUAUAUUAAAAUUAUCAAAUAAAAUUCAAAGGGAAAAGACAGUCGGAUCCUUAAUUGAAUGUCGUGCUAUACUUUAUGAUCUAUUAGCGCAUUGCAUUCCAGCAAAAACCAUUCUUCAAGAGCUGACACUUGCGUUAUUAAAAAACUCUGGUAUAUCUAAAGAUAAGAUGAAAUUAGGAAUAAUUGAAUGCGCCAGUGUAUUUGAUGAAAGAUUAUCAUUAGGUAAUAAAGCUAUAUUCCAUUUAGAAGGAUUCAUUGCCAAAGUAAUGUGUAUCUUGGACGAAUGA